AUGGAGCCCACCAACCAAGUGAUCAAGGACGACCACAGUCCCAUCAACGAGGGCGACAGGUGGCACACGCAAAUGGCGUUGAUGCCAUCGCUGCCCUUAGAGUCACCGCAGCGCCGUCUGAAUAAGAAAAGAAAGCGUGACUCCGAUGGUUCUCCCUCUCCUUCUUCUUCUCCUUCUCCGAGGCCGGUAAAGAAGCGCAGACUGGCGUUUCCGGACCUGCACGACUUGCUGGUAACCUACCGCGGGUUGCAGAGAUGGGAACGCAGGAUCAACAGAGAUCUUGCGUUCUGCCGAAAGCUGAUCGCCAAGCACCGCAGCGGCAGCAUCUUCCACCCCAAGUACCGUCCGAGUGCCGACGAGCCCCUCUUCCAACGCGUGCGGUCUCCUCUGUGUGAGGAGACGUAUAUAGACGCGUUGGAAGAUACCCGGGUGGAGGCACUGAGACGGGCCAGAGACCGGUGCCUGCAGGACUACCUGAAUGCGGAGGAGGAGUUCCAGCUGGCCCUGUUGGGGGACUCCGGAGAGGUGGAAACUGGAGACCUGCAGUCGUCCCAGAAGGAGGCCAGUGACGGGGCAGAAUACAACGCGGACCACCAGACCCCACCAGAGGGUCCGGCCUCGUUUUGGGGGCAUGUGGAACGAUUCUUCUGGAUGAUGUGGUCCGAGACUGGAUGA